AUGCUAACUCGGAGAGCUACCUGGUCGCUCCACCUGGGAUGGAUAUAGAAGCAGCUUUUCAGGUUGUUGGCGAGUUUGGGCCUUACCAGAAGCGAGCGGUGACGGUCCUCGUCCUGUCGCAGGCGUGCUGCUGCUCCAGCAGGCCUCUCCAUAAAACAUGACCGAUGCCACCACUGCGUCAACAAAGGUCUUCAGGAGCGCCCCCUGCAGGCCAGAAGACCUCGGUCUCCUCAGCAGGUGUACAUGGCCUUCCAGUCCAUGCUGAUAGUCCUGGUCGGGUCCACGCCGGAGUACCGGGUUGAGCCGCAGGACGGCGGCGGCCAGUUCAGCCCAGAGGAGCUACCGCAACACGUCACCUUCACAGAGGACGUCGACUCCAUCGUCACUGAGUGGUUCCUCGUCAAGCAGCAGGCCUACAAGGUCAGCCUCGCUGGAUCGCUCUUCUUCGCCGGGCUUCUGGUUGGGAAUGUUUUCUUCGGUCCCCUCUCCGACAGGAUCGGUAGGAGGCCGGUCUACCUGGCAGGUCUGUUUUUUGAGGUGGUCUUCGGGUACGUGACUGCCUUGGCGCCCAGCUAUGAGGUCUUUGCUGCAUCUCGUCUCCUGGUGGGUCUGAUGAACGGCGGCAUCGGCCUGGUCUGCUUCGUCCUCAUCCAGGAGUACGUGGGGAAGUCCUACUGGGCCCUGACUGGAACGUUGGCCAGCAUGACCUUCGCCGUCGGCAUCGCCCUGUUCGGACCUCUAGGAUACUUCAUCCGGCCCUGGAGGAGCCUGGCAACGGUGGCCAACUCCUCCGGUGUCCUGUUCUUCCUGCUGGCGGUCAACCUUCCAGAGUCUCCUCGGUGGUUGUAUUCCCAGGGCCAGACGGAGCGAGCCGAACAGGUUCUGCGCUACAUGGCGAUGAGGAACGGCGGCGCAGCCAACAACCUGAUGCUGCAGCAUGUCGGUGCUGCUAACAUCAGUAACCAUGGUAACAGACCUUCUGGCGUCCUGCAGCUGCUGAUCCAUCCGGUCCUCCGCCUGCGGACCAUGGUGCUGAUGUAUGUCUGGUAUGCGUGCAGUCUGGUAUAUUACGGCCUGACUCUGGGGGCCAGCGAGACGACCGGUAGCCGCUACGUUAACGUGUCCAUGUACGGGCUGGUGGAGCUGCCAGCGUACCCUCUAUGCAUCUACUUCAUCAACAAACACUGGGCUGGAAGAAGGAAAAGCAUGGCCAGUUUCCUGUGUCUUGCUGGCUCCGCCUGCCUCUGCACCAUGUUCGUCCCUGAAAACACAGGGACUUUGCUGAGUGUGACGUCUUUGGCUCUUUUGGGGAAACUGAUGGUCAGUGCAGCGUUCAACAUUGCCUACGUCUACUCAUCAGAACUCUACCCCACAGUGAUCAGGAACGCCGGGCUGGGAGUUUGUUCCAUGUCCUGCAGAGUUGGAGGAAUCCUUGCACCAUUCGUUCCUUCGAUGCGAGCCCUCCACGCCUCCAUGCCCUUCACCGUGUUCUGCCUCAGCGGGCUCUCUGCCGGCUGUCUGGGCCUCCUGCUGCCUGAAACCCUCAACAGACCUGCAGCAGAAACUCUGGAGGAGCUGAGCAGCCCCGUCCACAGCCGUGUGCUGGAGAGCAAGCCUCUUCUGUAUGAAGACAGCAGGAAACCAAACGUCCAGUAAAGUCUUCAUCCUUCGUUCCGACGGGACCGUUCCCUUUAAUGAACUCAGAGGACUGAUCUCCGGGCUUCCCGUCGUGUUUGUGACGUUCCAAACGGAGUCAGAGUUUUUUCUGGAGUCCGACUUGAAGAACGGAUUGAUUUACAUUCCAGAGAUUUUCGUAAAGGACCAAAAAUCUUCACUUUUCCAGCAGCUGAACGGAUGAGUGAAAAUACAUGGCUGCUGGUUCUGAAUGAUACCUUUCCAGGAUUACAGGUUCCUAAGAUUCCAGGUUUCCAGGUUCCUUGGAUCCCAGGUUUCCAGCAUUCCAGGUUACCAGGACUUCAGGUUGCCAGGAUUCCAGGUGUGGUCCGUUCUGUCUGACCUGGAGCUCGAUGGGCUCUUCUUGGUUUCAUUCAUCUUUCAGACGUCACUUUAAACGUUCAUGUUUUUGGAAGAAAUGAGGUGGUGGUCCGGGUCCAGGUCCAGGUCCGGGUCCUUGUCCUGAUCUUGGGUUGUCCUGUAGGUAACCUGAACGCCUUACGGCUGCUGCUCUUCAUUCUGUCGCAACCUCUUCAACCUGAGUGGUCUUUCAGCGGUCAUUUCCAUGGUUACGGAUGGGAACUUUAAAUCCAACUCGCUCCUGUCGAUGGUGGAUAAAUGUUCUGAGGGUCUGAUGUGAGUUUCUGACAGAGAAAGUUGUUUUCUGAUUAAAUCAAAGUGAAAUUAUAAUAAAGUUCUGUUGGUUGUGCA